AUGCUUUCGUUCUGUCCCAACUGCCUGAACAUGCUACUCAUCGCUGCCGGCGACGAUGGGUGCAACAAGUUCUUCUGUCUGACCUGUCCCUACGAGUUCAAGAUCACGGGGUUCCUGAUCUACGACCGCACCAAGCUCCGCCGGAAGGACGUCGACGACGUCCUUGGUGGCGAAGGGUUCUGGGAUAACGUCGACCAGACGGCGGCGCAGUGUCCUGUGGACGAGUGUGGUGGUACCAAGGCCUACUUCUACCAGUUACAGAUCCGGUCGGCGGAUGAGCCGAUGACGACGUUCCUCAAGUGUGUGACGUGUGGCCACAAAUGGCGUGAAAAUUAG